AUGCCUCUUUCAACCAACGAAGCCACCAAUGAAACCGCAGCCAAGUUGAUCACCACGCUCCGCGGUGCUUUCAGCACCCCGGCCAGCUUCCGGCCCGCUCACGCACGGGGCAUCCUUGUCUCUGGCACUUUUACACCAUCGUCCACUGCUGCCUCCCUGUCCUCCGCAUAUCAUUUCAACAACACUACCCCCGUUACAUCCCGUUUCAGCAACAGCACCGGCAUUCAUAUGAUCCCUGAUAACGAUGCCAACGCCAAUCCUCGAGGCUUCGCAACCCGUUUCCACCUUCCCAAUGCUCCUGACGGCAAACGUUCGCACACCGACAUCAUUGCUCACAGCACAAAGUUCUUCCCUGUUCGCACCGGUGAGCUCUUCCUCGAAAUGCUGGGUGCCAUUGGAAGCGGGACAAUCCAAGACUUUCUGACCACACACCCUUCUGCCGCCGCCUUUGUCCAAGACCCCAAGCCCAGCCCAGUCAGCUUCGGCACGGAGAAGUACUUUGGCGUCAACGCGUUCAAAUUGAUCAACAAGGAUGGCAAGGAGACCUUUGUGCGGUACCGCAUCACGCCUGAUGCUGGAGAGGCUCAUCUGUCCGAUGCGGAAGCCAAGGGCAAGGAUGCUGCGUAUCUGCAUAAUGAGAUACAGACCAGAAUCGCGGAUGGGCCAGUAAGCUUCAAGUUGCUGGCGCAGAUUGCACAGGCUGGGGAUGUGACCGAUGAUGCCACUAUUCAUUGGCCCAAUGACAGGGAGAUCGUAGAGCUGGGGACCAUCAAGAUUGAGAGUGUCGUGCAGGACAACGACGAAGAGCAGAGAAAGUUGAUCUUUGAUCCAAUUCCGAGGGUUGAAGGUGUGGCCGCCAGCGACGAUCCGUUACUUGAUAUGCGGGCUAGCAUAUACUUGCAAAGUGGAAAAGACCGAAGAAGCCACCCUUACGAGAAAUGA